AGUUUUGUUUUGAGUGUGACGCGUCGAGACGCGCGAGCUGUGAGGAGGAGCAGGUGAUCAGUUACUAUGGCAGCUUCCACUGCAUUAACAGUGAAUUAUACUAGAAUACAGACAUUAACAUCAUAUUUCCAGCAUUGUCGAUCAAAACGAUGGAUUCAUCUGAAAACAGUCAACCGGAGAAGCCCUUUUUGUCAGUCACUGAUAAGUGUAUUGUUACAUAUAUGUUAUGUUUGUCACAGACAUGCUGCUACUGUGGUCUCAGGGACAGAACUUGCUCGGCAGAUCCAUAAAGAAGUCCAGAGUGAUAUAGCGAAAUUAGUGGCCCAAGGCAAUAGGAGACCUCAUCUUAGUGUCAUACUGGUGGGAGAUGAUCAUGCCAGCCAUACUUAUGUGAGAAACAAAACCCGAGCGGCUUCACUGCUUGGCAUGUCAAGCAGCACAAUCUUCAGGCCAUCAUCAGUAUCUCAGGAAGAGAUGUUGGAACUGAUAGACAAAUUCAACAGAGACAGAAGCAUCAGUGGGCUGCUGGUCCAGCUCCCUCUUCCAGAGCACAUCAACGAGAGAGCCAUAUGCAAUGCUGUCGCCCCAGAAAAAGACGUCGAUGGAUUCCACAUAGUAAACAUUGGGAAACUCUGCUUGGACCAGAGGUGCAUGGUGCCAGCCACAGCAGCGGCAGUGUGGGAAAUCAUCAGAAGAACGGGCAUUGAAACAGUUGGAAAAAAUGUGCUUGUUGUUGGGCGCUCCAAGAAUGUAGGAAUGCCUAUCGCAAUGCUGCUGCAUUCGGAUAGAAACCAUGAACGGCCGGGAGGUGAUGCCACAGUUAUCAUGGCUCAUAGAUGCACUCCUCUACCACGACUGAAGGAACUUGCCAGUCUGGCUGAUAUAGUGAUUGCGGCUGCAGGUGUGCCUCACUUAAUAACGGCAGAUAUGGUAAAAGAGGGAGCUGCGGUUAUUGAUGUCGGCAUCAACCGCAUGCAGGACCCGGUCACUGGUAAACUUCGUCUUGUUGGAGAUGUGGAUUUUGAAGCUGUGAAGGAGAAGGCUGGAUUCAUCACUCCUGUGCCUGGAGGAGUCGGCCCAAUGACCAUCGCCAUGCUGCAGGCAAAUACUUUGGACACUGAAAAAAAAAAUGUGGGGGCAAAAACACGCCUGUGCACGCUGCUUGCCUGUGGACCAGGAAGUGAUGCGGAGCAUUGUACAGAACAGCAGAAGUUUGAGGAAAACCGGACAAACUCAGAAUCUCCAGUCAAACUGAACCUGUAUUUGGGCCACAGCAUGACACAACAAGUGGAUAAAAGGUGUUUGCACUAUCAGGUACUUGGAUUGAUGGUGGUGUUAGCCGUCUUCUCUGGACUUGGAGACACUAAGGAGAAGUCAGAGGAUGUGAUCCUAUACAACACAACACACAGUAAUGCAGGAAGUGGAGAAGAACCGCGAGUUUUGGCUAUUCAAAGGCCCUGCGGUUCAGAACAUGAGGGAUUCUGUGUCAACGGUGCAUGUUCCUACUCCUCCGAGCUGGACACCCCUAUCUGCCGGUGUGACAAAAUGUACAGCGGUAUGCGCUGUGAAAAUGCUGUUUUGGACACCCAACAAUCGUCUAGUCCUGAAAAAGUCAUUGGAAUUAGCUGUGGUGUAGUUUUAUUACUGGGAAUCCUCGUCGGACUGAUGUACUGCUGUUUAAAGAAAAGGUGUCGGAAGUCAUCACCACCCUACAAGAACUAUGGCUCUGAAAACUCUGUUUAAUUUAUUUGGCCAGAUAUAAUUUAUGCUCUUAAGUAAAGUGCUUUUAGGCCUAAGACGGGAAGGAGGGCAAAACAUCAAGGACUGAUUCUACCAGCAAGACAGGCCAGACUGUGGAGUAGAGACACAACACCCUCUAGAGAACAGAGCAAGAAUUGCAAAGAAACACUUUGUGAUCUCCGUGUUCCACAAAGGACACAUUAAUCAAUGUAAUUUAUUACAAUAGCUGUCAUAAUGGGAAAAUGCAGGUUGUUCAACACAAUUAUUUUAUAUUAAUUACAAGUUAUACUAUAACUUGUGCACUGUAAUGUAAAAAUAAUUUACUGUCAUUUAAGAACUGCAUGUAGAACUGUCAAUCAGAUUAAUUUUUGGUUAUUCAUAAGAAAAUGCCCUACACUGUUUCCGUUAUGAAUGUAUUAUGUAAGCGCACAUAGGUAUUUAUUGCACAGCUAUAAACAUGAUAAUACUAAAUAUAAAACCUAAACGGUGCUAAUGUAUUUGUAUCAGAUAUUUAUUUAUUGACAAAUUUGUAUAAAAUUUUCACCUAAAAUAAAAAAAAAGAAGAAAAAAG